UAGGUGUUGCAAGAACCACCUAACUCUCUCAUUCUCUCCCCCUCUCUCUCUCUCUCUAAUAAUUUAAUGGGUUUGCCAUUGAUUCUGAACCUCCUAGCCAAGAAGUAGAGCAUCCCCCCAUGUGUACCCUCCAAACAAGAGUGUGGCCAUUCCUUUCCCUUCAACCUCGAUAGAUGGAGUACUCUCCAAACCAUUCGGGAGCUGAAGGAUUCAGCAGCAGCGAAUCAGGUUGGACGAUGUACAUUGCUUCUCCGAUGAAAGAAGACGACUCUGGAUGCACCGAGGCAAGUUGGGUCACUCAGAAGGACAAGAUCACCACGGCCAGCCACUCCGAAAACAGAAGAAAAGAGGGCAGUGAGGACAGCGACGAUUCGAUGGCUUCUGAUGCUUCCUCAGGCCCGAGCCACCAUCAGCAAAAACACGGCGAGGACGGUUGUUCGAAGCCUGAUAAGACGGAAGUACGGUUCUCUAAUGAGAAAUCCAAACGGAAAGAGAAGAAAAAGGGCAAAGGAAGUGGAGUGAAGGGUCCUAAGCGAUGAGAACCUGUGCUGCUCAUGAGAGAUACCUAUUUCUUCUGGUUUCGCUUUUUGAUGUUUUGACUUAGGAUGAAAAUGGUGCACCCAUAACAAUAAGUUUUUUUUUUAAUGUAGCUGGAGAUAUGAACACAGUAUGAGCUUCUUUAUAUUUCAUUUAUCCAAGCCAAGGCUGGAGGGAAUGAACAUAUUGUCAAGUCUUUUCUUA